GUAACAAUGGCGACCGUGAUAGAACGUAAAUGAUUAACUUUCAAGUUUUAUAUCAUCAUUUAGGAUACUAUACAUACAUUUUAUCAGUUCAAUAACUCUCCCAGAACAAGGAAAUACGGAAGAAACAGGAAUGACCUAAGCCCACUGGCCUUCUCUUUGGGGCCAGGUAGUUACCUAGAUCGUCUUGACGAACCUUGAAACCCAGAUUAGUAGCGUCAAGGCCUGACCUCCUAUUGUUCCUUUUCAGGCCAAUAGCCUCCAAAAUGGACUAGGCUAGUUGCAAGCAAAGGAGUAGGUAGUGAGCCUAAUAAAAAAAUGACUGAUUCACAUGGUGGGGGAGCAGGAUGUCAGGGUGGCGGAGUGCGCACCAGAACCUAUCCUUCCAUUACAUCAGUGGAACGAGGGGGGAAUGGAGGUGGAAGUGGAAGUAACUCAUCCUCUGGUUUUCCUCGAAUGUCUCUCCGCUCUUUAUUGCUCAAUUCUCCUUUCUCUAUUCGUACUCGGUCCAAGAGAGUCAGGACUCCAACGUCAUCACAUAAGUUAUCAAUUGAACCAGAGAGUGGCACUGAUUCAUCAGGCUUGUUCUUUGAGAGUACUGGUGGGGAAACAAGCAGUUGGAGUUCCAUUAGAAGGCAUCAGAUGAAUGGUACAAGGGGCAUUAAUGGAAGUAGACGUGGUUCAAGAGGAGGACCUUCCCGUGGAGAUUCAUCUUCUUCAGAAGGGGGUGCUUGUGGUGGGAGUAACAGCAGCAAUGGUGGAUGUAUUGGGGGAGCAUAUGGUAGCUUAACAACAGAUGGUAUCCCUGGGGAAGGUGGUGUAAGAGAAUGCUCACUAUGUUUACAAGAGGUGGCAGUAGAUAUGUUCCCACAUCUACUUUCCUGUCCACAUUCUGCUUGUCUUCCGUGUCUCAAACAAUAUCUAAAAGUGGAAAUAACUGAAUCUAGAGUGAAUAUUAGCUGUCCACAAUGUCAUGAACUCAUGCAUCCUACUGAUAUUCAUCAGAUUGUUGACAAUGCAUUAUUAUCGUACAAGUUUGAAGAUUUUAUGCUUCGAAGGGUGCUGUCCAUGGAUCCUGAUACACGUUGGUGUCCAGCGCCAGACUGUGGGUAUGCUGUUGUUGCAUCUGGGUGUGCUGGCUGUCCAAAACUAAAAUGUGAGCGUCCUGGGUGUGGAACCUAUUUCUGUUAUCAUUGUAAAGCAGAGUGGCAUCCCAAUCAGACCUGUGAUAUGGCAAGAGCUCAGAGGUCACCCAAUGUCCUUCUUUCUUCUUUUAAUCAUCUCCAUGACAUUCAGAAUAGUGAAGGUGUCAAAGCUUGCCCCAGAUGUCAGGUCCUGAUCAUGAAAAUGGAUGAUGGUUCCUGCAAUCAUAUGACGUGUAGUGUUUGUGGGGCUGAAUUUUGCUGGUUGUGCAUGAAAGAGAUUUCUGAUCUUCAUUACCUCAGUCCGUCUGGCUGUACCUUCUGGGGAAAAGAGACGUGGUCUAGAAAAAAGAAGAUACUUUGGCAGUUGGGCACUCUAGUAGGUGCUCCACUUGGUAUUGGGCUGGUGGCUGGUCUUGCUGUGCCUGCUAUGAUCAUAGGAAUCCCUAUCUGGGUUGGACGUAAACUUCAUGCUCGCUAUUCUACAGGUAGUCGUCACCGUCGUAAUUUAGCAGUUGUUGGUGGAGUCACAGCUUCAGUUGUUAUAUCUCCUGUGUUGGCAGGACUUGCUGUAAGCAUAGGUGUGCCAAUUUUAUUAGCUUAUGUGUAUGGUGUAGUCCCCAUUUCUUUGUGUCGUUCUGGAGGAUGUGGUGUAUCAACAUCAGGUGGAGAAGUUCGGAUUGCCUUUGAUGAUGAAAAUGACAUGGUCUUUGGUAUUCCUGGGAGACAGUCAGAAUUGAGUCAUAUUGGUGGAGGGACAGCCAGUAUUGGUGAAGUAUCUUGCGGUGCCUCCCUUUCUGCUGACUCUGCUGCUCACGUCCUUGCUGAUAGCGACCGUGAGUCUGCUAGUAAUACUGCCAUUGCUCCAGCCUCUCUUACUGGCUCCAUAGCAUCCUCUUGUAUAUCUAGAACCAACAGAUUAGAAGUGCAUGUAGACAUUGCUCAUGGUGCACGUUCUAUAGCAAGUGGGGAAACUGCUUCAUUGGCAAUAUCGGAAAGAUCCACACAUACAGUAGACACAGAGAAUGCCUCUGUGAGGGGCCUUGCUGGUUCUCUCCUUCAGUACAAGCAGGUUUCCGAGAGUGAGGCCGAAGAAGAUACUGGAGCAGGAGGAGACAGUGCAAGUCGGGUGCUUGAGGAAGGUGUUGGAGUUAGCCCACAUGUCACUAGUCUCUACAUUCACUCUAUCCCUCCUUCAGCAAGUGACAAUAAUUCUGCUGUAUUAGCAAACGAUAGCAGUAAUGACCAAGGUGCAGCUGAUCUACGUCUUGAUAGUGUUAGUGCUAUCAUAACUGCUCGACAGUAUUCAAGACGGCACAGUUCUUCUAGUAAAGGUGUUACAUUUGUAGGAGACAGUCUUGAAGCUAGUGAUCAUAUAGCACUAACAUUAGAUGAUGAUGAUGAUCAUGAAGAUGUGACUUCUCUAGGUCAUGAGGACUGUACUAUUAGCACUUACAGUAAUAAUGUUCCUGUGGUUAUGGAAGUGCAUCUUGAUAAGGAAAAAGUCAUAAAUUCUGUGAAAAAUCCUGUUUUGAGAUCCAUGCAUAGAAAUUUUGUAUGCAGUAGCAGCACAUCUACUUUGCCAUCAGUCCAUCAUAGUGAAAGUGCUGACAAAAGUAAAACAGAACCAAGCAAGCGUCGAGCAUCUAGUGUUGAAGGAAAGAGAAACUCUGAUAAACCAUUGAGAUGUGAAUCAUUUCCCAAGUUGGAGAAUCAGUGAGUCUGUGAUACUUUAUUGUACUCUUCCUUUUUUAUUCCAUAAUGAAUAAAACAAGGAUAUAAAAAUCAUUUUAAGUGUGAUAUCCCAGAUGGGAAAAGCUUUACAUUAAAAAUAAGCACAAAAUAGUGUAUAUUGAGAUUUAAGAUAUGCGAGGUCCCACAAAGACUAGAAAGGUGUUACAUGUCAGAAAUGUGGUAUAAGUGAUUGUAAAUAGUUCUCAAAGCUGUGACAGUGUCAGGAAUAUCAAUAUUCCUUUAAUAUGCCUAUGUUUCAGUCAUUUGUUAUGUUAUAUUGUCUCUUCAGUAUAAUUUUUGUAAAGGUAACUACAUUCAAAGGUGUAAGUGCUUUUGCUCUGAAUUAGCCUAAAACAUUAUGAUGCUUAUGACUUGUGUGGAUUUAUUUACACCUUCACAAGCAUUUUCAUUGAUUCCUUUGCAUUUGCUUUUACAGUUAUUAAUAAUGUUUUUAUUUACAUACACACACACAAAGUCUAGAAUUUGAUACUUUGGUUAAUUGAAUGCAUUAGACUUACUGAAAUGCUGGUGUAGGCAGGUUCACAAACAUCAAUACAGUAAUAAACUAAAGCUGUUUGGAGACAUUAAUCAUUUAUUUUACGUCUUUGGAAUAUAUACAGUAUUUAAGCACAAACAUUGUAUGUGUAUAUAUAUAUAUACAUAUACACACACAUACUCUCACAGGCAGUCCCUGGUUAUCGGUGGGGUGCUGAUAAGCAAAAACUGCCAUUAAUUGAAACUUGGCGAUUCAUGGCACUUAUGGCGCCGAUCAUCAGUUAAUGGACACCCCUGUUAGGUAUUUUAUGGAGCCAUAAAUCACCAAUUUAAAACCCAGUCGCCAAUAACCGAGGCCACUGAUAACUAGGGAUAUAUUAUAUAUAUAUGUGUGUGGAAGGAAUUACAUCAUGAAAAUUAUUAGGAAAGUCACUUUAACUGUCCUUAUUUUACUAUGUAAAAGCUUAGUCAAAUUGAAA